AUGUCCGAUAAUCACCUCAUCACUGAACUGCGAGACCAUGUCGCCAACUUUGUUGAAGAACAUGGAUGCUACGGCAUUGACUAUUAUGGCGAUGUGCGCGAGUUUGUCCCUCAACUUGCGCUUACCGACUUUUGGACGUUGGAGAAAAUCACCGCCAUCUUUUGUCACGACCGGAACAAAUUGAUACUGCACAGCGCCGUGGACAUUAUGAACCACUACAUUGUAGUGUUCUCGAUUUUAGUGUUGACAUCUGGGGCCGAACACCUAGAACUUUUCACCCAAGAAGACAUCAAGGACACAAGCCUCCCACUGCAUUCGAUACCAGAGUCAUAUCGUGAGUCGCGUCACAAAGAGGCAUUCGAGGAUUUUCUCAAAGCCCAGUGGAAGUUCUGUCCACUACACUUCAGCAUUGGAACAAAUCCAAAGCCAAGCAAGAAGAACUUGUCGCCUAGAAUGAUUAUCCCUAUUUCACCUGCGGGGAAAAUAAAAAUCAAUCCUGAAGCGAAAGAGGAGAUCGAUGCAGCUGUCCUCUACAAAGUGGAAUUCCACCCUCACUCUACCCUACUCACAGCCCCUGUCGUUUUCAAGGAGUACCUUAAGUCUGGUCCAGAAAUCCAAAAGCUAUAUGACAACGAAUGGGCCAUGUAUACUCAACUGAAAGAAGACUCCUUCAAUCACAUUGUGAGGUAUCAUGGGUCUUUUCAAUGUCUCGAUAGACGGACAAUAGUUCUGGAGUAUGCACCUGGGGGUGACCUGCUUUCUUACUUCAGAAAGCGAAAGCCCCCAAGCACAGACUGGCACCGAAAGCAGUUUUGGCAGAACUUCUUCGGACUUCUCGAGGGUUUGGUAGCCAUUGACGACCUGACGCGGUAUGGCGACCAGUCAAGAGAUACGUGGCACUUGAAAGGAACGCAUCAAGAUAUCCGCCCGCAAAACAUCUUAAUAUGUGGAGAGCCGUCGGAUGAUGAUUACUCUGUGCCAUUCAAGUUCGCAGAUAUGGGUUUGGCGCACAUACGCAAGGUGAAGAACGAAGGCAUUGACAGAUUUGCCACAGAUCACUUUGGCAACGGAAUGUAUAGCGCCCCGGAGGCCUUUCGAGAUGAUGGAGGCACCAAAACUAUCCGGCACAAGAGUGACGUCUAUUCACUUGGUGGAAUCCUCAGUGAGGCUCUGAUAUGGGCUCUCUGGGGAGAGCGAGGCCGAGAGGCUUACCAAGCAGAGCGUGUUGAAGCUACACGUGAGAUCAGAUUGAAGGGCGGCUAUCACGAGGGAGCCUUCCAUGACGGCGAUGGGCUUUUGACCGUCGUCGAGAGAUGGCACGAGCGGGCUGUCGAUCUCACUGGUGGCAAGGCAGAAGCUUUGAGCCAGCUCAUCAUAUUCGUCAUUGACGAUUCAAAGUCUAUGGCUAUUCACCGAGAGCAAGUGGCUCGCACUUGUCGGGUCUUGACCAAGUUGCUGAAAAGGGGGCAUGUCGAUCCUGAUAAGGAAUUUGAAUUGUUCUUUGCAUCUGAGGGCAACCCUAUUAGGGAGAAAAAUGGUACAGACCUCCAGCUUGCGGUGCAAAGGCAAUCUUUUACCAAUCAUCGUUGCGAAAUGCACACGAUUCUUGACCAGGUAGCUUCGAGAGUCAUCGAGGAGGAGCAGCCAGUCAGUAUCUACGUGUUGACGAAUGGCCAUUGGGACAUCCGUACCCCGAAAAGUAUCUGCAACGUUGAAAAGCCUAUUGUACGGCUCGUAAAGCACAUUGUCGACAAUAACAAGCAGUCCAACUGGGCCAUGGUUCAGUUCAUCAGCUUUUUCAGAGACCCACCUAUCGAGGCCGAUGAACAUGGGAGGGCGCGAUUGAAGUACCUGGACAACGACCUGAGAGCAGAUCUAGGACUUGAAAGAGAUAUCGUUGACACCCGAAGCUCCAAGAAAGAUGUGAGAAAGAUUCUACUAGGAUCUUUAUCACCAGAGGCAGAUGAAUCGCCAUCAGACUCAGAUUAG